AUGGAACAAAUCACAAGUUUCUUAUCGGUCUUAGUCAUUAUUUUGAGUUUAGUUCAUCAAAACGAAACAAGAGAAAAUGAAUUCAACAAUGAAAUUAUAUUAAAACGACUUCGUCGAAUUAUACGAGGUCAUGUAGCAAAACCAGGACAAUUUCCGUAUCAAGUAUCUAUUAAUAAUAAUGGAGAUCAUUUUUGUGGCGGCGCUUUAAUUCAUAAAAAAUGGGUAUUAAGUGCAGCACAUUGUCUUAAAUAUUUUACAUCAAUGCAAAAUUUUUAUGUUAUUAUGGGUGCUACCUAUUUAGAUCAAGCUGAUCCAAAGCAUGUACAAAUUUCGCGUAUUGAUGCACAUUUUCUAUUUCCAAGAUAUGAUCCUUGGGGUGACCCAAAAGAUGGCAAUAUAACUCGAAACGAUCAUGAUUUAGUCCUAUUGAAAUUACAAAAUCCUGCUCGAUACACUAAUCGUGUUCGACCUAUUCAAUUGCCUGAUCCAAAAAAUCACCAGAUAAGUCUUGAAAAUAAACAACAAUGUAUCGUAUCAGGUUUUGGUACUAUCAAAGAUGCACGUCAAAGUCAUGUACUCAAAUAUCUAACAGUACCUAUUGUUGAUCGUGAUCAAUGUGCUCGAGGUCAUCGACCAAGACGUAUCAAAGAUUUUCAUAUUUGUGCUGGUUAUUGGCAUGGUGGCAGUGAUGCAUGCAAUGGAGAUUCUGGUGGUCCAAUAGCUUGCUAUUCAAAUCGAGAACGUAUAUUAGUAGGUAUUGUAUCAUGGGGUGUAGAAUGUGCUCGUCAUGGUACCUAUGGUGUUUAUACACGUGUGUCACGUUAUCUUAAAUGGAUUAAUCAAACAAUUGAACGACACAAUUAA